AUGACUAAACUUCAACAUUCACCGCAGGUUACUCCAUCCCUAGAAAGCAAUGAAGAAGUUCUGAAAGCUCCAAAACGCAAGUCAUCGUCACCUGUGAAAGAUUCGCCUGUCAAAUCACCUCGAUCUAAGCCCGCUCAGGCACCGAUUGUUUUUGUAGCAGAAGAAAAUGAGCCGGAAAUAGGCAAUGAAAAGUUUGCGUUAAGUUGGAUUGACUCGGAUCUCAAUCUAGAUAUUGAUGAUAAAACGUUCUGUGCAGCGAAACCUGUUUCAGAUGGCGCUCUGGCUCUUGUAUGGGCUUCAGCCCGUGCUAAUUUCGGUGUAACCAAAGGAAAGACUGCUUUUGAGGUGCUUCUCACUAAAAUCAACGAAACAAAAAAGGUUACUGAGGAACCAAUAACUGCUGAAUUACGCAUAGGAUGGUCAACGAAAAAAUCAAGUCUACAGCUGGGUGAAGAUAAACAUUCAUUUUCAUACGGUAGCGUUGGUUCAAAAGGAAUGAACUGUAAUUUUAAUGACUACGGUACCGAAUAUAAGGUGGGCGACAUUGUUGGAGUUUAUUUGGACUUGGAGUCUAGUCCAUGUACUAUUCAGUACACACUUAAUGGUGUCAAUCAAGGAGUAGCUUUUGAUUUUAACUAUGACGAGCUUGAUGGACAGGCACUUUAUCCACAUAUUUGCAGCAAAAACAUUGCUUUCGAGGUUAACUUUGGUCAACUGGAAAGCAGUUUACUGAAUCAUAAACCUAAAAAGCCUGCCUCUCAAAAAAAAGAAGGCGAUAUAGAAGACAAUAAGUCUGACAAUGCACACUCAAACAAGGAGCAUCAAACAGAAAAGUUAGAGUUGACAGUGCUGAAAGAUUCUGAACCUCAAGACUCGUCUGCUACUACUGAAUCAGAUUCGUCCUGUAAUACUGAUAAAAAACAAAAAAGUACUGUAAAUGAAAGCACUACGCCCUCUUCAAAUGCUACAUCUGAAAAUGCAAAAGAUGCAAAUAAAUCAACUCCUGAAAGCACUGCAACACAAGAAGGCGAUGACGAAUCUCCGAUUACUAAGUUUAUAAACCCGGAAUUCAAAUAUAUUGGUGAUUCUCCAAAGGAAAACUUAGUCCUGGGUGAACAACGACCAGAAACACGUAAAGUUUGUGAGGUUAUUUUUCUUAUUGGUCUACCUGGUAGCGGUAAAACCCAUUGGAUGAAUAAAUAUCUCGAAGAUAACUUUGAUAAAAAAUUUACGAUUCUUGGUGUUGAAUCCUUGUUGAACCAGAUGAAGGUACUGGGUAAACCGAGAGAACCAUCCAAUACGAACAAAUGGUCCAGGUUGAUCGAACAGUUGUCACGAAGCCUCCAUAAGCUGAAUGAUAUUGCAACUAAACGGCGAAGGAAUUUUAUUUUAAAUCAGCAAACUAAUGUUUUUGCAUCUGAGCAAAGACGCAGACUGCGCGGAUUUGGUGAUUUUGCAGCCAGGCGUGCAAUUAUAGUUGUUCCGGACGAAGAAGAAUACAACCGCCGGUACAAAUUGAAAACAGAGAAUGGGGUCGAAGCAACAGAAGGAAACAUCAAUGCCAUGAAAGCUCAUUUCCACAUUCCUACCAUCGAACAAGGUUGGUUCACUGAAAUAACGUUUGCAGAAUUGGAUGAAGAGAAGGCUCGAGAAGAGGUUAAAAAGUUAAAUGACACAGGUAGACGAGCUCUACCGAGAAACUACAAUCGAAACCAGCAACAGCGUGGUCGAGGAUCGAACCAACGAUGGAGUCAGAGUCACCAAGGAUAUGGAAAUAAUCGUUAUGGUGGACAACAUUCUCAAGGAGGAUACAAUUCUCAGCGAUAUAACAAUUCCCAACAGUAUUCCCAAAAUAGAAGUUAUCGACCAGGCAACGGAUACGGUAGGCGCGAUGUCACCUCAGGUUUUAGUGGAAAUCGUUACACUGAUUGGACACGCAAUAGCGGGCGCUACAGUAACCGUUACAACAACCAAGGCUACCAGAAUAAUCAAUUAAGGCGCUAUGAUGGGUAUAACAAUAGUUGGGACCAGGAUACAAGUUGCUGGGGUGGAUAUGGUUCACAAGGAAAUGAUACACAGCAAUGGUAUUCGUGGUGGCAGCAGCAUGGAGGAAGCGGAACCGAUAACACACAGCAUGCUAAUAUGGAACAGUACUGGUCUCAAUAUGCACAACAACAGAACUAUGGAAAUUAUCAGCAAUCAAAGUCCCAUGGAUCAGGAUCAUCGUCCAAGAAUAAGUAAAUAGAAUAAUUUAAGUAUAUUUAGAGCUUAAUUUACGUUUUAAUAACUUCCUCUCAAUCUUACCCACCAUCGCGAACAAGAUAAAAUUUACAUUGCUACAAAUGUAGUUUCUUCAAAUUUGUUUAUGUUAUAGUAUGUAUGAAAUAAAAAAUCACCUGCACAUCAGCAAUGUCCAGGAAAACCAUACUGAAUCCGAAAAAAGUAUGAUUUUCAUGCGAUUUUUCUAUAAUAAGCAUCUAAAAUAUGAGAGGAAGAUUUUAUGUAUAAGAACACAUAGUUUUAAUUUGGAAAACUCCUAUUUUGUAAUAGGUAACAUGUACGCUGCGUAACAUAUUGUAGCUUAGUUCAAAUUUUUUAUUGGAAAAGUACUUCUUUUUACUUCAGUUCAGUUCAGAAAGAGAGAACAGUAGCGCGUUAAGGAUAAUUUUCGUUUUUGUGAAAAUGUACUGAGAAGCUUAAUAUUAUUUAGACCAACUACAUCGUAUAACAUGUUCAAUAUAAACUCAUGUAAUUCAUAAAACAUGUAAACAUUAUUUUACAUUCUAUUACUUCCAACGUUCUCUAAGUUAAUUGAAUAAAUUAAGGUAGCACUGAAUUUCACCCAA